AAAUCAGAUUAAGCUUGAUCUAUUAUUAUACAUUUUCAAUUAUACGAAUACAAUUUUGUUAAUAAUAUAAUAAAAAAUAUAAAAUAUACUUAAUAUAAUUUAAUUAUUCUUAUUACAUACAAUACCAAAAGUUAUCUUUAACAUACAUAUAUAAACUACUAAGAUUAAUAUCGAGUUUAUUUUCUCUUAGGUAUUAGAAUAUUUAUUCUAUUUAUUUUUUUUUUCUACAUAAUAUUAAAAUUUAUCAAAUAUAAAGUUUCAAAUGUAAUUUGAGAGAAAAUUUAAAAAGAGAAAGUAAUAUUGAAGUAUAAAACGCAAGGGAUUUAAUUGUACCAUAGGUAGGUUAGUUCGUUCUAGUUUGUCCCCAACUGAUCCAAUUUCAAUCUUGUGUUUGGUUAUUAUUAAUGAAACAUGGCUACAGUUUUCGAAAGUUCAUUCUUAUCAAAUAGAGUACAUCGUAUCGAGGAACGAUAUGAAGAAUCGACAAACACAUUUGGCAAAUGUGACUGCACUAGCUAUAGCUAUCUUGCCUUGAGCGUCAUUCUAUUCAUGAUUGGAACCGCUAUUACUAUUUUUUCUUUGGACGAUAUCGUAGGUGAACACAUAUUUUUUAAACUUGGUCACAUGUGGCUUAUUGGUCCAAUAUUUAUUUGUUCUGGACUAAUGGUGGCUGUCAAAUGUAUGCUUUAUCUUCGACGAAAAUCUGUUAUACAAAUGAUCUUUCAUCAACGACAAUUGUUCAGACAUUUACAGGAAUUAAGUGGUACUCGUGGUAUUGAACGUAUUGAUAUACAAACUCCAGGUCCACCUUCUUAUGAAGCAAUUGCUCAGGAAAACUGUAAUGAAUUACCUCCGCCUUCUUAUACAGAAGCGGUAGCGCUUAUACGCAAAAUUGGAAGCAAUACCAAAUCAAAUAGUGCAACUGUUUCUUGUGAUAGCAUCGCUAUUGAUCAAAACGUCAGGUGUAAACCUUGAAACAGUAUUUUUUUUCGAUCGGAAGAUUGAUCACAAUAAAAGCAGUAAAUUAUCUUAUUAAAUUA